GUUGACCCGAACAUUGACUCGUAACAGGGUACGACUUACGACCCCCCACAAAGCCCACAGCCAACCAACCAACGAAACAAUGCUUGCUUUGAAUUCCCUUUGAACUUCUUCUUCUUCUUCUUCAUCCCGUUUCACACGAAACGGGACUUUAUCUAAGAUCUCCUAUUUUCUUCAAAUUUCUGUUUUCUUGCUUCAAAUUUUGAAACCACAAAAAUGGAUUGCUGAAUUGUGUUGUAGUUUUUUUUUCCCCCUUUUUGGUGCAUUUGUUUUUGUUGGGAUUGUUUGGAGAUUGAUUGAUGAUGGGGAGGAGUAGAUCGUCGUCAUCGGCGAGCAAAUUGAGGUUCUGUAAUCCAUCGUACUAUCUCAAGAGACCGACACGGUUGGCUUUCCUCUUCAUUGCGUUUGUUUGUGCCAGUUUGUUCGUCUGGGAUCGCCAGACAAUUUUUAGAGAACAUGAGCUGGAAGUUUCCAAGUUAAAUGAAGAGCUGAACAGAUUGCAAAAUAAGUUUGAAGAGUUGAAGAUUGUUCAUGGGGAUGAAUCUGGAAGGGUCAACAUAGGUGAACGAGCUGAGAAGGUUGUUCCAGAUGAUCCUAUUGAUGUUCAGCGAAGAGAAAAAGUAAAAGAGGCCAUGCUUCAUGCUUGGAGUUCGUAUGAGAAGUAUGCGUGGGGCCAAGAUGAACUUCAGCCACAGUCAAGGAGUGGCGUGAAUAGCUUUGGCGGUCUUGGAGCAACUCUUGUAGAUGCUCUUGAUACAUUAUAUAUAAUGGGUCUCAAGGAGGAGUUCCAAAGAGCUAGAGAGUGGGUUGCAAAUUCAUUGAAUUUUAACAAGGACCAUGAUGCGAGUGUUUUUGAGACGACCAUAAGAGUUGUAGGUGGACUUCUUAGUUCAUAUGACCUUUCAGGCGACAAAGUUUUCCUUGAAAAGGCUAAAGACAUUGCUAAUAGAUUGCUGCCUGCAUGGGACACUCCAACAGGAAUUCCUUUUAACUUUAUUAACUUGGCACAUGGCAAUGUACAUAAUCCUGGCUGGACUGGGGGUGACAGUAUUCUCGCAGACUCUGGCACAGAGCAGCUAGAGUUUAUAGCUCUUUCUCAACGGACAGGAGACCCACGGUACCAGCAGAAGGUGGAGAAGGUUAUAUUGGAGCUUAAUAAAACCUUCCCUGCAGACGGUUUGCUUCCCAUCUAUAUUAAUCCUUAUAGAGGAUCUGGAUCACGCUCAACCAUAACAUUUGGAGCCAUGGGUGACAGCUUUUAUGAAUAUUUGCUUAAAGUUUGGAUACAAGGGAACCGAACGUCAGCUGUCAAACUUUAUAGAGAAAUGUGGGAGACUUCAAUGCAAGGUCUUUUAAGCUUGGUUAGGAGAACAACACCAUCAUCUUUUACUUACCUUUGUGAGAAAAAUGGGGAUGUGUUGACUGACAAGAUGGAUGAAUUGGCAUGCUUUGCUCCAGGAAUGCUGGCUUUAGGAUCAUCUGGCUACGGGCCUGCUGACUCUAAGAAGUUCCUUUCUCUUGCUGAAGAGCUUGCUUGGACUUGUUACAACUUCUACCAGUCAACACCAACAAAAUUGGCUGGAGAGAAUUAUUUUUUUCGUGCUGGGCAGGACAUGAAUGUGGGUACAUCAUGGAACAUAUUGAGACCAGAGACGGUUGAAUCGCUCUUUUAUCUGUGGCGUUUCACUGGGAACAAGACAUAUCAAGAGUGGGGUUGGAAUAUAUUCCAAGCCUUUGAAAAGAACUCCCGUAUAGAGUCGGGAUAUGUUGGACUGAGAGAUGUUAAUAGUGGCGCCAAAGACAAUAUGAUGCAGAGUUUCUUUCUUGCUGAGACUUUAAAAUAUCUCUAUCUUCUAUUCUCACCACCUUCAGUCAUUUCCUUGGAUGAGUGGGUUUUCAACACAGAGGCCCACCCUCUAAGAAUCGUGGCUCGGAGUGAUGGAGAAAAUUCGGGAAGAUCUGACGGGCAACAUAAAGAAAAGAUUAAGACACGUGGCAGGAAGGAAGGUCGUCCUGGGUGAUCCGUAAGAUUUACUUGGCUUUUUACUUGAUCACUUUUAUGAUUCUAGGCUCUAGUCGGCGAAUAGAGGAACUUGAGGCUUCUGUUAUAGAACAAUGCAGCUUUAGAAAAUUUCUUCCUUCUGGGUUUAGGGUAAAACUGUUUUACACCAAGGGAAAGUCAUGCACUUAGAUGGUAUAUGUAAAAUUAAAACAUAGUUCAUCCCAUAAUGCUUAUUAUUGUCUUGUAGGAAAGAAACUCUCCGAUUAGUGUAUGGCCUCUUAUGAGAUACGUACAUUUUUUGGAUGGAUAUGUAUUUUCCAAUAAAUUUCUCAGCUUUCUAGAA